AUGUUGAUUCGGGUGAACGUGGCUGCGUUGUGCUGUCUGACAGCUUCGCUGUCGGUAGUGUCGGCGCAGACUUUCCAGAGACUCGGCACCUGUCCAACCUUGGGCUGCGUGAUUCCGCCGGACCAGCAAGACUUCCUUCCAGGUCAGGAGUUUGACAUCCGCUUUGAGAUCCAUGCCCCGAAGAACGGCAGUGAGGCAUUCAACAACGGUGUUCCCGACGAGAAGUUCACAGCAACCAUCGCCAAGGAAGGCGGACGGCCCAAGAGUAUUGCCGAAUUCUUCAAGCUGAAGGAGCCUCCAGUAGAGAAGUGGACGUUCUCGUGGUACGAAGACCUGUUCGCCAAAGAUGCGGGGACGCCGUCCGUCGUGAACGUCGCUUCCAAAGUUUACAGACGCGUGGCGCUGUAUGAGCCGGGGACGUACACCGUCACCCUCAAGUAUUAUUCAGGAAAGACGACGGUAGCCAAGUGGACGGUCCGGCCGCUAGCGACCAAGAAGAAGGCCAAAAAUGUCAUUUUAUUCAUCGGUGAUGGCAUGACCACCAACAUGAUCACCGCUGCUCGGUUGCUGGCGCACAAGACUAUCAAUGGACGUGUUUAUGCGGAUUCAUCCCCCGAUCCUCUCGAUGAUCCCAAGGUCGAGACUAUUGUCGAGCUCUUGCGCCGAGUCUGGGGUUCAGCCUGGGGUGCUGUGUCAACCGCUUUCAUUGCUGACGCAACUCCGAUUGCCUUGACUGGCCAUUCUCGCUCGCGGUACCAGUACGGGGUUCUCAUCGACCAAACGUUGAACGGCAUCAAUAAUUACUCCUGGACCACGACGGGUGGUCCGGACGUCUUCUUCGGAGGCGGCGCAGAGCAAUUCUUACCCGGGUCUGGGUCAUACCAGGGGAAGGACUACUAUGCGGAAUUCUCCAAGAAGGGAUAUUCGAUCAGUUGGAACAAAACCGCACUCCUCGCGGCUCCGAAGGACAAGAAAGCUCUUGGGAUCUUUUGCAAGAGCAACUUUCCGGUUUGGCUUGACCGCAACAUCUUUAGAGAGAACCUUGACAGCCUUAGGAAUGAUCCGUCAGGGGCAAAUGGGCCAGCCAAGGACCUGCCUGGGCUUAAGGACAUGACGCUGAAGGCUAUCGACAUUCUGCACACGCGGGGUGGCAAGAAUGGCUUCUUUCUGAUGUCAGAAGGGGCCUCGAUUGACAAGCAGAUGCACGCCCUGGACUACGACCGCGCUCUUGGCGAUCUGCUAGAGCUGGACGAUACCGUCAGAGCCACCAUCGAGAAGCUUAAGGCGCUGAGAAUCCUGGAUGAGACCUUGAUUGUGGUGACAGCAGAUCACGGCCACGGCUUUGAUGUCUUCGGCAAUUCGGACACAAGAUACUUUGCCGCACAGGAGGAUGAGAGGGCCAAGCGCAACGCGAUUGGCAUCUAUGAAAACUCAGGUCUGUCGCAAUACACAGAGCCAAAACCGGGCGUAAGCUACGGAACUGGACCCAACUUCCCGCUCAACUGGGAUCCGCGCUAUGUGAUCGCGGCAGGCAUGGGCGCCAAUCCGGACCACCGUGAGCAGUAUGGAGUGGGUAAGAAGCCGAGAACGCCGGCAAUCUCCAUUGGCGCAAAUGGCGAGGCGUUUGUCAAUCCAAGCGAUCGGCCAGAUGGGUUCGUGGUAAACGGAACGCUGCCGACUCGAGAUACCCAGGGAGUGCACUCCUUGACCGACGUCCCUGUGUAUGCGCGGGGGCCUUGCCAGGAGACAUUUGGUGGCACGUACAACAAUAUCGAUGUGUUCUUUAAGAUUGCAAACUGCUUAGGGCUUGGUCAUCCGACGAACAAGACGAGUGGACUCAGGGCGAGAAGGUCCAAGAUCGUUGCCAAGACGCCAAGCGGCGGAGCCAAGCUCACCUGGACUCGCGCAGCAGAGCGCGAGGCACGUCUGUUUGCAAGGACCAUCGACCGCGUCCCCACGUCGAAAGUCUAA